ACAAAAAGACGAUAAGGAGAAGCUUCUCGAGACUCAGGAGCGUAAGAAGAAGGAGAAGCUCAAGGAGAAGGAGCGGGAGCUGUUGGCGGUGUCGGAUGAAGUAAAGAAAGAAGAACCAGAGUCCAGUGAUGAGGAUGAUAAUCGGAAAGAUCAGAGGACGCCUCGGGAGGAUCGCAGAAGAUCUGUGGAGCGACAGGAUCAACGGGAAGAUCGUAAAGAGCGUAUAAAGUCACCGGAUGAUCGUGCAGAACGCCGAAGAUCCCCCGAGGAUUGUAGAGAUCGCCUAAGAUCCCCUGAAGAUCGAACAGAACGGAGAUCCCCAAGUGUCGAACGUCGGAAGUCGCCACUACGCCGGGAUGAACGACGUCGGCGACACGAUUCAUUGGAAAAUGAAAGAAGAUCCAGUGCCACCGCGUCGGAAAAGUCGAGAAUGCAAGAAACCGAGUACAACGGCGAAGAUGAGGAGAAGGGUCUCGACGACAAGGAGCUGAGCACUGUACCGGGAAGCUCGAUGGCCAAGAUGGACAAGUCGGACACGUGUUUUCAGCUCGACCAUUCAGAGAAGCUUCUCGAGACUCAGGAGCCUAAGAAGAAGGAGAAGCUCAAGGAGAAGGAGCGGGAGCUGUUGGCGGUGUCGUAUGAAGUGAAGAAAGAAGAACCAGAGUCCAAUGAUGAGGAUGAUAAUCGGAAAGAUCAGAGGAAGCCACGGAGGAUCGUAGAGAGCGUAGAAGAUCGCCGGAACGUCGUCGCCAGCGAUACUCAAGUGGCGAUCUUCGGAAGUCACCAUCACUCCGGGAUGAAAGACGUCGGCGACACGAUUCAUCUGAAAAUGAGAGAAGAUCCACUGCCACCGCGUCGGAAAAGUCGAGAAUGGUAUGUCAAACUCGAUGAGCCACCAAGUGAUUCUGAAGUUUAUAUUGCAAAAACCAAUUUGGCACCGGUUCGUGUUGAAAAAUCCGCUGAAAAAGUGAAAAAAUCACGAAACUCUGGCCAAAAAUUGUCAACUGACAGUUCAGCUGAACUGGGAUCCCUGCUGGGUUGGCGGGGAGUUGGAUUCUGCCUCGUCGUCUUCAUUAUCGUCAUCAUCGGAGUCUACAGUUUCGGAAUUUUGUUAUUUUUAAAUUUUUUUUUUCAUUUUGAAAACAUGCAUUUUUUCAAAUUCUCUCUGCAAAUUUGGAGACAUUUUUAUUUUCAGCCAAUUUUUUUGUAA